GUGGGGACCGACGCCUCUGGCAGAGGAGACCAGAGGAGACAAAUGAGAUUGUGUCAUGGGAGGUCACGGGUGACCUCGACCAAAGUGGCCAUCAGAGGGUUGGAAGGGCCAUCAGAGGGGAAGAGCAGGAGGAUUUGAGGACAGUGUUCAGCCAUAGACAGGGGGCAAAGGGGCUUGGAGCUAAACGAGGACAGCAGCCCAGGGUGGGCUUUACGUUCACGGAGGAGGAAUUAGUCCACAGUGUCCCCGUGGGAGUGGUCUCUGAGGGAAGAGCAGCCGAGAGCAGGGGAGGAGGAUAGACCCUGUGGCCAGGGGAAGGAGGGAAUGGAUCUAAUACUCCCGGGGAGGCUUGGCCCCAGCUCGGACCCAGGCAACCCUAGCUGGGCCUCCUUGGGCCUCCCUUUCCUUCUGUCUGCAGGGGGUGGAGGCUAAGAUUUUAACACACCGAGCACCUGUUGUGACUGCCAGGCAGGCUGUGAUGUCAGGAAGGAGGUGUCCGGGUGCAGGCCUGAGCUUGGGGGUAAGGGAGGUGCCACGUGGGUCACCUUGACCCUCUGUUUCACACAGUGGUGCCUUUCUUUGUUUCAGCCUCACCUUGGGGAGGACAGUAGUAACUCCUAACCUCUAAUAACUAGAGAAGAAAAGGCAAUAGAGACCAACUGAAGUAUUGAUCUAAAGAGGGGGAGUCUGCCCAGGUGAUAAAGGUGCAAGUGGUAAGAUUUCAGGCACAGUUUUUAUGGAAUAAGUGAUAAGUGAACAUCUACCUAUUUCCCUCCCUUCCAAUUUAAGUGGAAGCAGGAGUAACUUAAGCUAGAUAUAACGAAGAACUUCCUGAGUUUAUGAACUUCCUGAGCUGGCUAGUGAGGACAGCACCGAGGUCAGUCUUCUUUGCCAGGUGUUUAAGAAGAGCUAGAGCAACACCUGCUGAGAGGCGGGGCUGGCUGAGAAUCCCUGGGGAUUGGCACAGAUGGGAUUUUCCCACUGCUGGCAGGAGGACAAAUCACCAGGCCUCAUGGCUUGGGCCAGCCUCUCCCUCUGAGUCCCUUAUGUCACUAGCCAGGCAGCCCCGGCCUUGGCAUGUUUGGGAAGGGCCUGCUCCUUGCAGCUCCUGUCCCUGGGGGUGGGCACGUCUGCUGGGUGUGUCUCGGGUCUCCAGUGGGCCCUGUCCUGCCUUUCAGUGAGGGCCACGGUGGACGCACCGGGCUUUGUGCCAAGAUCACGGUGCUCUGGUAGCUGGCUCCGGCUUCGGGCCCAUCCUUUCGGGAUUUCCCCUGAAGGUGGGGUCUGUGGACGCCCCAGGACUGCCCGUCCUGUGCCCCUCUCUGCUCAAGGCUCACCCACAGUCGGCCUGGCCUGCCUGCUCCUCCUGCCUGGUGGGCUUUGCUGAGAGGCUGGGCUAGACUGUCCACAUGAGAAGGAGGUAGCGGAUGUCCCUCCCCGGGCAUCCCCUAGGUUGUGAGAUGUGCUCCCAGGAGGCUCUCCAGGCACAGAGGAGUCACCUGGUGGGGCUGCUGGUCUCAGGGUCCCUGGAGGGCUUCGAGAGCAUCUUGGACUGGCUGCUGUCCUGGGAAGUCCUCUCCUGGGAGGACUACGAGAGCCUCAGCCUCCCAGGCCAGCCUCUUUCCCGCUUGGCCAGGUGCCUGCUGGACACUGUCGGGAACAAGGGCGCUUGGGGCUGUGAGAAGCUGGUCGCAGCUCUCCAGGAAGCCCAGGCCGGCGGUCAGUCCCCUGAGCCACGUGACGGCUGGGACCCCCACUCACUCCACCCAGCCCGAGACCUGCAGUGUCACCGGCCGGCCAUCGUCAGGAGACUGUACAGCCACGUGGAGGCUGUGCUGGACCUGGUGCGGGAGCGCGGCUUCAUCAGCCAGUACGAGUGUGAUGACAUCAGACUGCCCAUUUUCACGUCCUCCCAGAGGGCAAGGAGGCUGCUUGAUCUUGCCGCAGUGAAGGCAAAUGGAUUGGCUGCUUUCCUUCUCCGGCACAUUCUGGAAUUACCAGUCCCAUUGCCCCUGCCUUUAGUGGCUGCAGAAUGCCGGAAGUACGUCUCCAAGCUGAGGAGCACGGUGUCGGCGCAGUGCCGCUUCCUCAGCACUUACGACGGCGCGGAGAAUCUGUGCCUCGACGACGUGUACACAGAGAACACCCUGGAGCUGCGCACGGAGGUGGGCACGGCCGGGGCCCUGCACAAGAGCCCCGCCACCCUGGGCCUGGAGGAGCUCUUCAGAGCCCAGGGACACCUCAACAAAGACGCGGACACCGUGCUCGUGGUGGGCGAGGCGGGCAGCGGCAAGAGCACACUCCUGCAGCGGCUGCACUUGCUCUGGGCGACUGGGCAGCACUUCCAGGACUUUCUCUUCGUCUUCCCGUUCAGCUGCCGGCAGCUGCAGUGCGUGACCAAACCGCUGUCCUUGAGGACGUUGAUCUUCGAGCACUGCUGUUGGCCCGAUGCGGGCCAGCAGGACGUCUUUCAGUUCCUCCUCGACCACCCCGACCGCGUCCUGCUAACCUUCGACGGCUUUGAUGAGUUCAGGUUCAGGUUCACCGAUGGCGAGCGCCACUGCUCCCCGUCGGACCCCACGUCAGUCCCCACUCUGCUCUUCAACCUCCUGCAGGGCAACCUGCUCAAGAACGCACGCAAGGUGCUGACCAGCCGUCCAGACGCCGUGUCGGCCCUCCUCAGGAAGUACGCGUGCACCGAGUGCCACCUGAGGGGCUUCUCAAAGGAGGCCAUCGAGCUUUACCUGAGGAGGUGCCAUCCUGAGCCUGGGAUGGCAGAUCGCCUCCUCCACCUGCUCCAAGCUACCUCAGCCCUGUACGGCUUAUGCCAUCUUCCUGUUUUCUCAUGGAUGGUGUCCAGAUGCCACCAGGAACUGCUGCUGCAGGACGGGGGGUCCCCAAAGACCACCACAGAUAUGUACCUUCUGAUCCUGCAGCAUUUCCUGCUGCGUGCCUCCCCACCCGACAUGGCCUCCCACAUCCGGGGACCCAGCCUCCUCCGAGGCAGGCUCUCCACCCUCCUGCACCUUGGUCGACUGGCUCUCUGGGGCCUGGGCAUGUGCUGCUAUGUGUUCUCUGCCCAGCAGCUGCAGGCAGCCCAGGUGGGCCCUGAUGACAUUUCUCUUGGCUUCCUGGUGUGUGCCCAGCGGGUGGUGCCAGGGAGCGUGCCAGACCUGGAAUUCCUGCACAUUACUUUCCAGUGCUUUUUUGCCGCCAUCUACCUGGCGCUGAGUCCUGACGUGCCCGUAGCCUCGCUCAGACACCUCUUCAACUGCCACAGGCCGGGCAGCUCUCCACUGGCCCGGCUGCUGCCCACACUGUGCGUCCAGGGCUCCAGGUGUGAGGAGGGCAGUGUGGUGGCUUUGCUGCAGAAGGCCGAGCCGCACAACCUUCAGAUCACAGCAGCUUUCCUGGCAGGGCUCUUGUCCCAGGAGCACCGGGACCUGCUGGCUCCGUGCCAGGUGUCCAAGAAGGCCCUGCUCCGGCGCCGACGAGCCUGUACUCGCCGCUGUCUAUCCCGCAGCCUCCGCAAGCACUUCCAGUCCAUCCCGCCAGCUGUGCCGGGUGAGGCCAAGAGCAUGCACGCCAUGCCCGGGUUCAUCUGGCUCAUCCGGAGCCUGUAUGAGAUGCAGGAGGAGCAGCUGGCCCGGGAGGCGGUGCGCGGGCUGGAUGUCGGGCACCUCAAGCUGACGUUUUGCAGGGUGGGCCCCGCAGAGUGUGCCGCCCUGGCCUUUGUGCUGCGGCACCUCCAGCGGCCCGUGGCCCUGCAGCUGGACUAUAACUCUGUGGGUGACAUUGGCGUGGAGCAGCUGCUGCCUUGCCUUGGUAUCUGCAAGGCUCUUUAUUUGCGCAAUAACGAUAUCUCAGACCGAGGCCUCUGCAAGCUCGUUGAGCACGCUCUUCACUGUGAGCACCUGCAGAAGUUAGCUUUGUUCAACAACAAAUUGACUGACGGCUGUGCACACUCUCUGGCCAUGCUCCUCGCAUGCAAGCAGGACUUCUUGGCAUUGAGGCUGGGGAACAACCACAUCACCUCGGCGGGGGCCCAGGUGCUGGCCCAGGGGCUCCGAAGCAAUGCCUCCCUGCAGUUCCUGGGGCUCUGGGGUAACAAGGUGGGUGACAACGGUGCCCAGGCCCUGGCUGAGGCCUUAGAUGACCACCAGAGCUUGAAGUGGCUCAGCCUGGUGGGGAACAACAUUGGCCGUGCAGGUGCCCAAGCCUUAGCACUGAUGUUGGAAAAGAAUGUGGCCCUAGAAGAACUCUGGUUUAGAUUUUCGGAUGUUGGAUGUGGAUUACUGACAUCAUGUUCCAUAAUAAGUGCUAUCAUGUCAAUGGGAUUCUCUCUUUCUCUUGCCAGUCUGGAGGAGAACCAUCUCCUGGAUGAAGGUGUGUGUUUUCUUGCAGAAGGACUGAAGAGAAAUUCCAGUUUGAAAGUCCUGAAGAGGAAGGUGGUGUCUUCCCAGGUGAAUGCGGCCCAGGAAACACACUUGUCUUCGAGACAGGUGCUCGGCUGCCUCUGGAUGAUCAUCAUCUCUGCUGCCAGACCGCUCCUCUCUGGCAAGGCGUGCUGGGUUGCUUUGCAGGGGCCAGGACGUUGCCAGUGUUUGGGGAAAACACUUCCACUCAUCAAGUGGGCCGCGAGGCCUGGGCACAGCCCGGAUUUGCCUGAGCCUGAUGCCAGCUUUGCACAAAGCGGGGCCCUUGGCAGUACCUGGCCCAUUGUGACCAGGCUGUCCAACAAUGGCAUCACCUUCCUGGGUGCAGAAGCCCUCCUGCAGGCCCUCAAGAGGAAUGACACCAUCCUGGAAGUCUGGCUCCGAGGCAACAGUCUCUCUCUGGAGGAAACCGAGCAGCUCAGCCACAGGGACAGCAGACUCUUGCUUUGAUGUUUCCAGGCCGAGGCUCAUUUCAGUUGGUUUGUGAGGAAGCUGUGGUCUGGACCCUGGAAGCUGGAUUGGCAGCAGCCCAUUCAGACAGAGCCCUGUCCUGCCCUGGGGUGAAUCUGUUUUCAGAGAGCACCACAGGUCACCUGACUCCACUGGAGGAAGGCACCGCAGUGCCCUUCAGAGUGGACUUCCCCAAGCCUACUUCUGCUCUCAGGUUCUGCCCCAGACUCAAUCCAUGGGAUGGACAAGAGGGGCAGACCCUCCCUCCCAGUAUGGGCCCGGGCCCAGCUAAUCCACCAGGGUUCUGAGGGGGGUCAGUGGGGCCAUGGGUGUCUACUGAGUGCCUGCAGGUCCUGACCCACAAGUCAUCAGAGGAGGUACAUCCAGGAAGCAGCUUUCUGCCACAUCCGUCUCCUGGUUCAUCCACCCAGUGGUUCCCAGCCUGCCUCCUCCACUACCCUGCGGAGACCCAGAGAGCUCCCAGCCCUGGCCCUGAGUAUGGGAUGGGCCACACCUUCCCCUGCUCUGCCGCCUAAGACAGUGCUAGAGGGAGACAUGGGGCAGCCUUUUGUUCCCUAAGAUAUUCUUAGAUUUGCAAGAAAAAUAGGAUCAUGCUUCAGCUCGGAUACACAUGGACUUUUAUUUCCAGUGAAAUCAAUUACACUUCAGUUAAGCUUUUGGAACUAGCUCCCAUCCAAAUGCAGCUUUUAAAAAUUAAUCUGGGCCAGAAUUUCAAACGGCCCCAGUAGGCUUCUGGUUGAUGCCUCUGAACUGAACUCUGACAACAGACUUUUGAAAUGUAUCCAUAAGAGAUGGUUCCAUUUCAUUUGUGCAGAAUGCUUCAGGAUAUAUAGUUAUGGAUUGGAAGUUUACAGGGGGCAAAAACAGACCCUUCUUUCAAAGCAAUGUUCUUUCUAUACUUUUAUUUUUCUCUCUCUUUUUUUGUACUGAAAUUGAAUCCACCCAGGGGAAAUAUAGCACUAACCACACCCCUAGGCCUUUCAAUGUAUUUUUUGUUUUCAAAUUUUGAGAUAGGUUUGAGGCUGGCCUCAAACAUGUGAUCCUCCUGCCUCAGUCUCCCUUGUAGCUGUGUUAUAGAUAGGUAUGCACCACUGUGGUUGGUUGUUCUCUCUGGAUUUUUCAAAAUGAUACAGGUUGAAACCUUUGAAAACUGUCAGGUGCUGCAUGUGUGUUAUCACUGUAAACAUUAUUAUGUGUGAAAACGGCUUAAUAUUUGUAAACUACUUUGUUUUAUUCUCCCCAGUUGAUACUUUCAUAGAGCACAAGAUGACGAACUUUUUCCUGUAAAUAAUCACAGAGGAGAAAAACUGUUGAGUUACCAAUGCCAUCUUCGUUGUGACCAAACAUUUUUAAAUAUUCCAAAAACUUGUCAAAUUUUAAAGCACAAUGUUCUUCUCAAAUGGGGGAAAGGAAUGUUUUCAACAAGAUAAUUUAUUGCUGAA